AUGAACCCGCCUCAAACCCGAACCGGCGAGCAACAACAGCAGCAGCGUCGCAGCUCCCCAUCAAGCCAUACAAGCACGACUACGACGACCAACCCCGCGCAAACCCAAGGACAACCUCACACACCAAUACGUCGGCGGCUAUUCCAUCCCCCACCAUCCGCGACGACGCCGCCGUCCGAAAACCGGUUUCGCCCCGUCGUCGGAAGCGGCACGGUCAAUCCCUCCGUCCACCCCCAAUUCAGAUCAAAAGCCGUAUGCAAACUCUUCUGUCGCCACUGCACCAGCGUCAUGUGCCGCCGCGGGAUGAAAGCGAUCUUGCUCGGAAACACCAAAGUUGAGCUGUAUUCCACCGACACGCCGCCGACGGGGGUGCAGCUGGUCUACGGCGACUAUUUGACGCAGAAUUGCUCAUGUCGGAUACGAGAUGCGGCUUGCCUUGGCUGCGGAAAUGUCGUGGGCUACCAUGUAACACAACCAUGUGAAAAGUGCCUUGAGGCUUGUAACAACGGUCAUUUUUGGAUGUUCCUUUCUGACGGAGUGCAACCCGUCGACAGAGUGGACGCGUCAGGUGGGAACAGUUAUGUCGUUCCGUCCUUGCCAGCAAUCGCUUUCUCACGUUGCGUUUUUCACAUUUGA